GAGAGGCCGCCCUGGCGGUGUGUCCCACGCCGCUACCCGUCCAUUUGGUAAACAGCAACACCCGGGAAUCCGGGAUCCCCGCCCGCUACAUUGUAGAUGUCGCAGCGCGGUCACGCGCUCCCGGGUCAACGCUCCAUUGGAACCCGAGCCCUGAUCCCCAGGUACAGAUGGAGGAGCAGAGGAAGAUGGAAGACCAGUUGCUUUAUCUGGCUCGAAAUGGUGACUUGCCUGGCAUGAGACAGCUGCUGGAAGCCCGGAAGGAUGGAAAGGAACCUCUCAACAUCAACUGUAAAGGUCAGACUAAGUCUAACUUGGGCUGGGCCCCUCUGCACUUGGCCUGUUACUUUGGACAUAAGGAUGUGGUAGAGGAAUUACUAAAGAUCGGAGCGGAUGUGAAUGUGGUGAAUGAUGUUGGGGAUACUCCGCUACACAGAGCUGCCUACACCGGCAGGAAGGAGCUGGUUCUGCUAUUGUUGCAGUACAGUGCAGACGCUGAGGUCAUCAAUGGAGACGGGCAGAUGGCCAAAGGUGUGACCCAGGAUGAGGACAUCCGAUGUAUGCUGGAAGCCGCUGAAAUGACUCAACAGAUGAAAAUGGAGGAGUUGCUGCUGAUGGCUGCACGGGAGGGGGACACCGCAGGAAUUACUGCACUGCUGAACCGGUCGAGCCCACCUGCCGUGAACUGCACGGACAAGCUGGGGAACACUCCGCUGCACUGUGCAGCCUAUCGUGGACAGAGGCAGUGUGUCAUCAAACUGCUCAAGUACGGUGCAAAGUCCAGCAUCAAGAACAACAACAAUCAGUUGCCUUACGACCUGGCCUGUGGUGUUGAGAUCAGACAAAUACUCGGUGGCAAAUCGCACAAGGGAAUGUGUAAAAUGGUGCAGCGAUUUGAAGGACCUCUGUUUAAGCGUUCCCGAUUCUUUGGAUGGAACCUGUUCUGGGUGGUUGUCGAGCAUGGAGUGUUGUCUUGGUUUCACAGCCAGUCUGAGGCGACGGCUGAGGCUCACCGACUGGGCUGCAAGAACCUGACGCAAGCUGCAUGCACGGUUAAGGGAAUGGACGACAGACACUUCUCAGUCAAGUACUUUGAUGACAGUAUCCACAUCUUCAAAGCCCAUCUCAAGCACUCACUGACUCAUACAAGCCAAAAGUGGCUUCAGGCAAUUGAGGAACAUUCUGCCUACAGCACUCACUACUGCUCUCAAGACCAGCUCAGUGACUACGAGGAAGAGGAGGAUUUGCCAUCCAACGAGUCCCUGCAGGAUUCACUGAAGAUGGUGCAAAGCUGCCAACAGAAACUCGACAAGGAAGUUUCCAAUUUGCUGAGUUUGGUCGGAGGUCCGGAGGCUACGAAAGGACUGUAUCCUCAAGUGUUGCAGAAGGUGAAGGACGUCACUGAGUGUUCGCGGGCCGUGGCUGGAGCCCUGAACGACUGCAUCUCUCUACUGGGGAAACAAGAAGUGGUGCGGAAUCAGCGAUUGGAGCAGGAGCAGGAGAAGAACAGGAUCCUGUCGGAGGCACUGCAGACUUUGGCCUGCGAGCACCAUGAACUGGAGCAGUCUGUCGUCAAGGGUUCACCGCCGCACAGCGUGCUGAGCGAUGAUGAGUUCUACGAUGCAGUCUCGGAUUCUGACUCGGCGGACUCGUUGAGUGGAUUUGAAACGGUAGCGAGCUACUCCGCUGACGAAGAGCCUUUGAACUGUAGCAACACGGAGCAGUCAAACAUGUCGGAGAAGGAAAAUCCAGCCCAGACCAAUGGCAUCACCAAAUACAGGACAAGCUUGCCAGCACCGAUGUUUUCCAGAGAUGACUUCAGUAUAUGGAGUAUUCUGCGCAAGUGCAUCGGAAUGGAGCUGUCAAAGAUUGCGAUGCCGGUGAUAUUUAACGAGCCACUGAGCUUUCUACAGCGACUCACAGAAUACAUGGAGCAUACGUACCUCAUCCAUGAAGCAAUCAGCUCCCGGACUUCACUGGACAGGAUGCAGUGUGUGGCAGCCUUUGCGGUUUCAGCCGUGGCGUCUCAGUGGGAGAGAACGGGGAAGCCAUUUAACCCUCUCCUCGGUGAGACCUAUGAACUUAUCAGACAGGAUCUGGGAUUCAAGCUGAUAUCAGAACAAGUUAGCCACCAUCCUCCAGUCAGUGCAUUCCAUGCUGAGGGACUCCAUCAGAAGUUUGUUUUCCAUGGAUCCAUAUAUCCCAAACUGAAAUUUUGGGGGAAGAGCGUGGAAGCCGAACCAAAAGGAAUUAUAACGUUAGAACUUAACAAACACAACGAAUCUUACACGUGGUCAAACCCGACCUGCUGUGUGCACAACAUCAUCGUUGGCCGUUUGUGGAUUGAACAGUACGGAAAUGUGGAGAUAAUCAAUCACAAGUCAGGAGAGAAAUGUAUUCUGAACUUUAAACCAUGUGGUCUCUUUGGCAAAGAAUUGCAUAAAGUUGAAGGCUAUAUUCAGGACAAAAGUAAGAGGAAGCUCUGUGCCAUCUAUGGCAAGUGGACAGAGUGUCUGUGGGCCGUCGACCCUAGUACCUUUGACAGCUACAAGAAGAAUGACAAGAGAAACGCAGAGGAGAAGAAAUUGACUAAAUCGUCGGUAGCUUCGGAGAAACCGGAUCUGGACGACAUGCCGCUGCCAGAUACCUUGGAGAGUGUACAAGUUAUACCCGGAAGUCGGUUGCUGUGGAGAAUAGCACCAAGGCCACCAAACUCUGAACAGAUGUACAAUUUCACCAACUUUGCAAUGUCACUGAACGAACUGGAUAAGGAAAUGGAAAACGUCAUUGCCCCCACGGACUGUCGAUUGCGGCCCGACAUUAAAGCAAUGGAAAAUGGAGACAUAGAUUUAGCCAGCGAAGAGAAGAAGAGAUUGGAAGAGAAGCAAAGAGCUGCACGCAAACAGCGCGCCAAGUCUAACACUGAAUGGAAAAACAAGUGGUUCCAUCAAGGGCCCAAUCCAUACAUAGGUGCGUCAGACUGGCUGUACACUGGAGGGUAUUGGGACAGGAAUUAUUCGCGUUGCUGUGACAUUUAUUAACACUGAAGAUUGAUUCUGUCAGCGUCUCUCUACUUACUACCGUGGGCAAGUUUCAGGACAGAUAUUUUUAAAACAGUACAACCUCAACCAAAUGCAAAUCUACUUUUGUUUCAUUUCUUCCAGUACCUAAUGUCCGUUGAGAGUUAUUAAGUACUGCCAAGUAUUUACUAUAAAACUCUCUCACUGAGAACCUGUUGCUGUUUCUCCAGCUUUUGCACAAUUAUUGAAACCCAGGCAUAAAAGUGUCAACCUACCUCUGGCAGGUUUCGUGGAAGGUGAUCUUGGAGCAUAACUGGUCUCUGGACUUUAAGACAGAUUAUUGUUUGAUAACUUUACUGUUUUUACCCAGUCGUUCGCAUUUGACUUAAUCAUUCUAAAAUCACGUUAAUAAUGUUACAGUAUUUCAACAACAUGCAAGGUGGAGUGAAUAUUGCUUUUGUUCUGAUCGGUUGUAGAGAUAAAGACUGUAAUGAUAAAGCAGCCCUCUCUCUUCAAACUGUUUUGUACACAGUACAUUUUCCAUUAGUAACUGCAACAAUCUCCCAUUAAUUGAUCUACUUCGGCAGACAUAGAAUGAAUAAGUGUUCAGAUUGCUAUCUCUGUAAAGGACCUCUCACUGUAGAACUGUGCGUGUGUGUGGAUGUUUAGAGUUACCUUAGUGCAAAGUGCUCCCCGCCUGUUAGUAAAUCAUAACAUUUAUUUUCCUAUUUUUUUUCUUUUCUGUUUAUUUAAUAUGUGUUUGUUUUUGAAUUUGACUUGUCAUGUGGUGUUUUACUCAGGAGUUCUAAAGCCGUGAGAAGCUUUGCGGCCCCAGUUUGAUAAGCUGUAUCGCUAAAAAGUGUAAAGAGAAUUGUGUAAUUAUUUGUACAGUACAUCAGAGCUUGAGUUCCGAAAAUCUUAAAUUUAAAAAAAAAGACAACUGAGGUUGCGUAUAUUAAAGCUGCAAUGUCUGAGAUAAUGACCGGUUUAUACACAUAAACAAUUUGGACAAGACUACUCCCAUUCUACAAUGGUGAAUUCUAUUCUCUGCAGGUUUACAAUUCAGCUUCCCUGUAAAUCGAUCAUCAAUAUUUAAUUAAAUCAAUCCAUUCAAUUGAUUGUGAAAUACUAACAAUUAUUGGCCCCAACAACAUGUGUGCACAUCAUCCAAUUUGUACAAAAAUAUGAAAUAACUGAAAUUUAAAAAGAACAAUCCCUCAACUUUUACGUUUUACGUAGGUGAUGCAUUGCCACUGAAUUAAAUUAAACUUCUGAUUGGAUUGUUAAGUCACUUGACAUUUUUUCUAUUUUCAUUUCUCAACAUUGGACAAUGUGAAGCUGGCUUGAGAUCAAUCUCUGUACCUCCUGGGUCUGUUCUUACCAUUCCCACUGGCGGAGUAUUGGAUUAAAUUAAAGUAACGUAUUCCUAGGUUAAGAGUUUACAUUUCAGAAGUAAUGUAAGGGCAACACUGUUGGAUUUUUAACAACUGUUUUGUCAUUUAAUGCAAGUAUCUAAAAUGUUAUUGCUGCUAAAUAAAGGCUUUACAAAAAAACUUGAAUAUUUAAAUGUCUAAAAUAGAGAUACAGCGCGGAAACAAGUCUUUCAGUCUGCGCCAAUCAGCGAUCACUGUGUACACUAGCACUAUCCUACAUACUAGAGACAAUUCACAAUUUUACCAAAGCCAAUUAACCUACACACCUAUAUGUUUUUUGAGUGUGGGAGGAAACUGGAGCACCCAAAGAAAACCCAAGUCCCAGGUAGAAGGUACAAGCUCUGGACAAAAUCGAGAAUUUUUUUUUGAAAAACUGCAGCUGCUGGAAAUCUGAAAUAAAACAAAGUGUAGGAAACACCGGGCAGGUCAGGCAGCAUCUGUGGAGUAAGAAACAAAGGUGAUGUUUUCAGGUUCCUUUGUCUGAGGAAAAGAGAAAAUAAAGUUGGUUUUAAAUUACAGUGCGGGUGAGGAGAAAUGGAUAGGGAUGGGAAUAGUGAUGGUGGGGAAGGAAUAAGCCCACUGGAGCAAAGAAUGCCAAAGAGUCACAACCCAAGAAGUAAUUCCUCCCCAACUUGGUCUUAAAUGCUCCACCAUCACAGAGCCAUAGAGCACAAAAACAGGUGAAAAAGCUACUUUUCCUAACGACUAAACCAGGUUCGCUUCUUAAUAAACAGACACCACACAAACUGUUUGGUAGACCAGUUCAAAACUUUACUUAACAUCGGCCGAUGGAAGGGAGCGAGCAUUCCAGCUAAGUGACCACUGUAGACACUCAACUGUCCUCGGUCCUCUUCGCUGAACAACAGAAUUACAUUGCAUUAAAUAGGGUUUUUUUGUCCCCUUAGCACAUUCCACAGACAUUCGUCAUGGUCAGAGGUACAGGAAAAGGUUUCCACAGAAUGCAUCACAUCAAAGGCCUUUUGUUUACAUGGUACAAGAUAUACUAAAAACAUUGGCCAUUUGCUUUAGGUUAUUUUAUCUCCAAAGAGAUCACCCUAGCUCUUUUCGCUGCUUCCUCUCUGUCACUUGGUCCCUCAUAAACAUAGGCCACUUGUUUACAAAGAUGUGACUAGUUAUGUCUCUCUUCCUUUAUUGCCUCCUCCCCCAUAAACAUUGGUCAUUUGGUUUAUGGCAUCUUACUUCAAAGAUAUCUCUCUAGCUCCUUCUCUGCCUGUCACUUGGGAGACAAUGUUAUAGUAUUUUUUAUCUCACACAGCGCAACCUGAGGAAAGCCUAAUUUGACACUAAAUAUAAGCUGUAAGCUAGCCCAGAAACCUAUUUUAAUAUCUUCUUAUAUUUUUAACUAAAAUUCGGCUUCAUCACAGGCCCUUCGGCCUACCUAGUCCAUGCCGACCAAGUUGACAUACGAAACAAGCCCCAUUGCCUGCAAUUGGCCAAUGUUACUUUAAACCUGUCCUUUUCAUAUGAAAUUCGUAAAUGGUCCACUUCCAUAGCUCGUUCCACAUACGGACACCCUCCGAGUGGGAAAAAAAGCUCUCCUGAGGUCCUUCUUAAUUCUCUCCACUCUCAACAAGCCUAUGCCCUCCAGUUUUAGACUCACCACGGUAGGGGAAAGAGAGUUAAUUUUAUCCAUGCCCCUCAUGUACUCGAGUUUGAACAUUGUAUAAUAGAGCAAGGGGAAGGGCAGAGCAAGGGGAAAGAUGCAGAGUGCAGAAUAUAUUUUGUAGCACAUUAGUUCCAUAGACAAAGUCCAAUGAUUGCAAUGGGGUAGAGGUGAAUCGGACAGUAGCCUAUUUAUGGAAGGACCGUUCAGAAGCCUGAUAGCAGAGAAGAAGCUUUUCCUGGGUCUGGUGGUGCAUGCCUUCAAGAUUUUUAUAUUUUGCUGGAUGGGAGCGGAGAGAAGAAGAAAUGACCAGGGUGGGAACGAUUGUUAUGUUGGCUGCUUUCCCGAGGCAGCAUGAAGUGUAGAUAGAGUCAGGUUUGGGGGGGGGGGGGGUCAGGCAGCAUCUCUGGACAACGUGGAGUGGCCACAUUUCGUGUUGGGUAAGAUCGACACGUUGUAUGAUGUAUUUGUAGGAGGUUGCCCCUAAACUCCAAGGAAAAAGUCCAAACCUUUCUAGCCUCUCCCUAUAACAAUGCUGAGACGACGUUCUCCUUGUAUACAAACGUUCACAUUGCCAUUUUUUAAUAUAUAUAGUUUAGCAGGAUUCAUCUAAUCUUUAGAGCGUUGAGGCUCAAUCUGCUGAAUUAACUGUUACCUUAUAAACCUGAUGUACACUGGACAA